AUGGAGAAAACCACUGAAAUCACAAGUUCAACAACAGAGGCAGAAGUCACUACUCCAGUAGUACCACCUAAGACUUCCACUUCUCCUGUUGUGACAUCAUCAAGACCUUCCACUAGCACGGAGACAACAAUUGUGCCACCUAAAACAACCGAAGGACAACCUAAAACAUCUCAAACAGCUCCAAUAACCACUCAAAAACCAUCCACAACAGAGAAAACUGUGACUGAAGCAACAAAACCACCAAUGGAGAAAACCACUGGUCCAGUUAGUGAAACAUCAUCCACAACUCCAAUUUCAGAAAUCACAAGUUCAACAACAGAAGCAGAAGUCACUACUCCAGUAGUGCCACCUAAGACUUCCACUUCUCCUGUUGUGACGUCAUCAAGACCUUCCACUAGCACGGAGACAACAAUUGUGCCACCUAAAACAACUGAAGGACAACCUAGAACAUCUCAAACAGCUCCAAUAACCACUCAAAAACCAUCCACAACAGAGAGAAUUGAGACUGAAACAACAAAGCCACCAACAGAGACAACCACUGGUCCUAUCAUAGAAACAUCAUCCACAACUCCAAUUUCAGAAAUCACAAGUUCAACAACAGAGGCAGAAGUCACUACUCCAGUAGUACCACCUAAGACUUCCACUUCUCCUGUUGUGACGUCAUCAAGACCUUCCACUAGCACGGAGACAACAAUUGUGCCACCUAAAACAACUGAAGGACAACCUAGAACAUCUCAAACAGCUCCAAUAACCACUCAAAAACCAUCCACAACAGAGAAAACUGUGACUGAAGCAACAAAACCACCAAUGGAGAAAACCACUGGUCCAGUUAGUGAAACAUCAUCCACAACUCCAAUUUCAGAAAUCACAAGUUCAACAACAGAAGCAGAAGUCACUACUCCAGUAGUGCCACCUAAGACUUCCACUUCUCCUGUUGUGACAUCAUCAAGACCAUCCACUAGCACGGAGACAACAAUUGUGCCACCUAAAACAACUGAAGGACAACCUAGAACAUCUCAAACAGCUCCAAUAACCACUCAAAAACCAUCCACAACAGAGAGAAUUGAGACUGAAACAACAAAGCCACCAACAGAGACAACCACUGGUCCUAUCAUAGAAACAUCAUCCACAACUCCAAUUUCAGAAAUCACAAGUUCAACAACAGAGGCAGAAGUCACUACUCCAGUAGUACCACCUAAGACUUCCACUUCUCCUGUUGUGACAUCAUCAAGACCUUCCACUAGCACGGAGACAACAAUUGUGCCACCUAAAACAACCGAAGGACAACCUAAAACAUCUCAAACAGCUCCAAUAACCACUCAAAAACCAUCCACAACAGAGAAAACUGUGACUGAAGCAACAAAACCACCAAUGGAGAAAACCACUGGUCCAGUUAGUGAAACAUCAUCCACAACUCCAAUUUCAGAAAUCACAAGUUCAACAACAAAAGCAAAACUCACUACUCCAUUAGUCUCAUCGACUUCUGCUCCAAUAACAACAUCAUGUAUUAUGUGCACAUGGUCAGACUGGUUUGAUAGUGACUAUCCCACGUCGGAUCCUGAUGAUGGAGACAUCGAGUCCAUUGAAAAUAUAGUAAAGUCUGGGCAAAGCACUUGCAGCAAACCUACAGAGGUGGAAUGCAGGGGAAAAGAAGGAGGAUUAUCGAUCUCAGAAAUGGAGCAAGUUGUGGAAUGCAGCCCAUCUGUUGGACUGAUUUGCAAAAACAGAGAUCAAUCUCCCCUAAUGUGUUACAACUAUGAAAUACGAAUUAAAUGCUGUGAAGACAAAUGUCAGCCCCCCAGUACAACUAUGCAGAAAACAACAACUGAAACAUCAACAACACAACUGACACCACCUACAACGAAAAAAAUAGCAAUAUCCACAACAGAGAAAACUGGGACUGAAACAACAAAGCCAGCAAUGGAGAAAACCACUGGUCCAAUAAGUGAAACAUCAUCCACAACUCCAAUUUCAGAAAUCACAAGUUCAACAACAGAAGCAGAAGUCACUACUCCAGUAGUACCAAAUCACAAGUUCAACAACAGAAGCAGAAGUCACUACUCCAGUAGUGCCACCUAA